GAUCCUGCUGACGGUGGUGGUGAUUUUCCGCAUCCUGAUCGUGGCCAUCGUGGGCGAGACCGUUUACGAGGACGAGCAGACCAUGUUCAUGUGCAACACCCUCCAGCCCGGCUGUAACCAGGCCUGCUACGACCGCGCCUUCCCCAUCUCGCACAUCCGCUACUGGGUGUUCCAGAUCAUCCUGGUCUGCACCCCCAGCCUCUGCUUCAUCACCUACUCCGUGCAUCAGGCGGCCAAACAGCGCGAGCGACGCUGUUCCUUCCUACAGCCGCUGCUGGACGCGCGCCGCGCCGGCACAGCCGGAACAGCCGGAACCGCCGGCGGUGCCGCCGAGGGCGAGGUGACGGCGCGGCCGCCGCGCAGCGCCAAGGCCAAGAGGCAGGAGGGGAUCUCCAGGUUUUACGUGAUCCAGGUGGUGUUCCGGAACGCUCUGGAGAUCGGAUUCCUGGGCGGGCAGUACUUCCUGUACGGAUUCCGCGUGCCGGCCAUCUUCGAGUGCGACCGCUACCCGUGUGUCAAGGAGGUGGAGUGCUACGUGUCGCGGCCCACCGAGAAGAGCGUCUUCCUCGUCUUCAUGUUCGCCGUCUCCGGCGUCUGCGUCCUGCUCAACCUGGCCGAGCUCAACCACCUGGGCUGGCGCAAGGUGCGCGCCGCCGUGCGCGGGGCCCGGGCGCGCCGCAAAUCCCUGGGGGAGGCGCGCAGGAAGGAGCCGGCGGCGCCCGCGCCCGCCAUGGGCAGGACGCAGUCCAGCGAGUCGGCCUACGUGUGA